GUUAUAAUCAAACUAACUUUAUAUCUAAAUAGAAAAUAAUAAUCAUUCAAUUUAUCAUAGAAUAGAAAAGUUAUAAUUCACGGUUGUGGUAUGAUGUAUUUUUGCCCAAAGAGGGGUUGUCAAUCAUGGUACUCGCCAAAGAUUGGGUACCACAAGGCUGACAUCGCAAAGUUACCACACCCCUCAUUUUCCUCAACCAGAACAAAAGCUACACACUCAACGCCCUAAAUAUGGAAGACGACGAUUUAGCACAAAUCAGAAAAGCUCGUCUUGAGCAACUGAAAACCCAAGGCGGAGGUGGUGGUGGCAGACCAGGCGCAGCGGGCGGCAGUGGAGGACAGGAAGACGGCAGACAGCAGCAAGAAGAGGCGGCUCGACAAUCAAUCCUGACCCAAAUCCUCGAACCCGAAGCGGCAGAUCGUCUCGGUCGCAUUAGACUUGUGAAAGAGUCGAGAGCCGUCGAUGUUGAAAAUCGCUUGAUUAUGCUGGCGCGAUCGGGACAGCUGAGAUCGAAGAUUACGGAAGAGCAAUUGAAGGACUUGUUGAGCAGUGUGUCGGAGGCUCAGGAAACUAAAGAAAAGAUUGUGGUUACCAGGAGGAAGGGUGCUUGGGAUGACGACGAUGAUGAUCUUUUCGACUUGUAGUUUGUGGUUCGGAAAAUUAGAGAAUAUUUAGUGAAAAGAUGUUACAGGAAUGGAAUCCAUAAUGCUGGGACAAUCUUUGGCCUCCGAGGAAAGGGAGUUAAUAUUGCGAAGUUUUGGGAAAUCUA